GUGCCCAUCGGCUACCACACGAUAUUUUCAUUCAUCACCGUACAUCUAAACUGUCCUCUCAUUUCCUCCGGGCGACUCGAUUCCGGCCGGCCCCUUACAAAUCCGAUCUGCGCCGCCCUCGCCGCGACGUCGUCGUCUCCUCACAUGCAUCUCUAGCUAGCUAGCUCUCUCUCCGACCGGCUGGCGCUGGCCGCACCGUACGUCCUGCGCGCCAUUAUUCCUCAAUUCUCUCUCUCGGCCGCGGCAAUAUAUCCUCGGCGGCGGCGGCGACGACGACGACGAGGAGGAGGACGGCGAGAGGCUUCUUCAUCCGACGAUCCGGCGUGGCGGCGCCUCCGUCCUCUCGGCGCAUCCCGUACGGCCGAGGCCGGCCGGGCUCUUCGUGUAUAGCCAAAGCUUUAAGCUUGGUCUGAUGCUAGAGAGCGCUACUUCCACGGGAUUAAUGAACAACCAAGUCUUGGAAAAGAUAUACAGUUUUAUUGGGGAUGAGUCAGCCAAUCAGCUUGGUGUGCAUACACAGCUACGGUUCCUCCAUCAUGAGCUCAGCAGCAUGCGAGGUGCCCUGGAAGAUGUUGCCGAUAUGGAAGACCUUGACAACGGGACCAAGGCGUGGAGGAACGAAGUGUCGGGAUUGUACUAUGACGCUGAGGAUUGCAUCGACGAUUUUAGACACCGGGUUGACAGCGGUCCAUCACAUGGCGGACAAGGGUUCAUGCGUAGGGCUGGUCAUCUUCUUGAGACGCUGAUGGCUCGCUACCAGAUAUCUAGAAAAAUCAAAGAGCUCAGGACUCGCGCGCAAGAGGCAAAUGAUCGGCGCACAAGAUACAAGCUUGAUGAAUGCGUGUCGAGAUCGGCUCGGGUUUCUGUCGAUCCACGGAUCACUGCACUUUACGCUGAAACAUCGAGCCUUGUUGGCAUUGAUGCCCCAAAAGAAGAGGUGGUCAAGUUGUUGACAAAGGUUGAUGGUGCAUCGCUGAAAGAGCUAAGAGUGGUAUCCAUUGUCGGUUUUGGAGGGCUCGGAAAGACUACACUUGCAAACGAAGUCUACCGUGACCUUAGAGACAACCUUAGCGGGAACCCUGAAAAAAGUUUUAGUUGCAAGGCUAUCAUAUCAGUGUCUCAGAGACCUGACAUGGUUAAUCUUCUCAAGAGUUUGUUCACAAAGGUUUCAGGCCAAACUGCUGAUCACACUUACGAUCUCCCAGGUCUCAUCGACAUAGUUCGAGAGUAUCUACAAGGCAAAAGGUAUUUGCUUGUGAUUGAUGAUUUAUGGGAUCCAUCAGCAUGGGAAAUUAUAAAAUGUGCUUUUCCAGAGAGUCACUGCGGCAGUAGAGUGUUGACAACUACACGAAUUGAAAGUGUGGCAGUGGCAUGUUGCAAUUACCAGUGGAAGUUCGUUUACAGGAUGAAACCUCUGGAUGAUUAUCAUUCAAGGCAAUUGUUCCUUCGAAGAAUUUUUGGCUCAGGAGAUAGAUGCCCUGAGCCAUUUGAAGUACUAUGUGAGAAAAUUCUUCAAAAGUGCGGUGGUCUACCACUUGCAAUCAUCACUAUAGCCAGCCUCUUGGCUAGUCAACAAACCAGGUCAAUAGAGCAGUGGAAGUAUGUCCUUAAUUCUAUACGGCAUAAUCUAGGAUUGAGUUCAACAUUAGAAGGGAUGAGGCAGAUAUUGAACCUUAGCUACAUUCACCUUUCACGUCCUCUUAAGUCAUGCUUAUUGUAUGUCGGUAUGUAUCCAGAGGAUUACGAGAUUCAGAGGGAGGACCUGAUCACUCAGUGUGUAGCCGAAGGUUUCAUCAGUGGAGUAGAUGGGAGUGAAGCAGUGGAUGUGGCUGGGAGUUACUUGAAUGAACUUGUGAACAGGAGCAUGAUCAUCCAGCGUGUAAAAUAUGGCGGUAAAGGGGAGCAUAUCAGCUACAGAGUGCACGACAUGGUUCUGGACCUGAUUUUGUGCAAGUCCACAGAAGAGAACUUCUUGUGUGCAGUACAAAGCCUACAAGCAGCCAGCACAAGACUGUCCGGACAGCAACAGCACAAGGCUCGUCGACUCUCCCUUCAGUUUCAUGACAGAAACCUAGGAGUAGUUGAAAGUGCAGGCCGCAUCAACCUGCCACAUGCUCGAUCACUGAUAGUUUUUGGAUGGCCUGCUCCUAGCCUUGCGCUGCUUGAGCUCAAGUUUCUCCGAGUUCUGUACAUCGUGCGUGCCGCAGAUGAUCUGGACCUCACCCAGAUCUGCAAAUUGUUUCAACUCAGAUAUCUAUGCAUCCGUGGAAAACACAAAGGACUGCAGCUACCCAAAGAAAUUACCAGGCUAAAGCAUCUACAAGUGUUGGACGUAAUCUCUGGCUUGUCCGCCUCCGGUAUUCCACGGGAUGUUAUCUAUCUGCCUGCUCUGUUACAUUUGCAAUUUCCUCUGACUGCAGUUUAUCCCGAUGGCAUUGGCAACAUGAGGUAUCUGCACACUUUGCUACAAUUUGAUGCAAGCAAGCAGUCGGUGGCAAACAUGUUGUCCCUCGGUGAGCUGCUGAACCUAAGGGUGCUUGAUUUGUGGAUCGGUGAUGCAAGCUUUGCCACUAAAGAAGCACAUAUGGAUGCUCUAAUGUCCUCCCUGGAGAAGCUAAUCAGUUGCAACCUCAAGACUCUGUCUAUCCUUGCACGGGACAAUGUGGGUCGCCACAGCAGGUGGAGCUCUUUGUGCUUCUCUUGCUCUCAGGCCCAGCUCGAGCAACUCUACCUAUAUGUUUGGUGCCCAAGGGUGCCUGCAUGGGUGCGUCAGCUUCGCGCUCUCAGCAUCCUCAAGAUCAAAGUCGUGGAGCUGUGCAAGGAUGAUGUUGCUGUUCUUGCAGGGCUGCCUGUGCUGUCUCGUCUUAUUCUAGACGUCAGAAACAACAAUGUCUCUGGCCAACAAGGAAUCGUCUUCAGUGCUGAUACAUCAUUCAGGCUUCUUGGUUACUUGAGAAUUCCCUACCAUGCUGAAUCGGGGAUCACCUUCGAGGCAGGAUCAAUGCCCCAGGUCGAGACCCUCCGGUUUCUGUUGAGGGCGAACGAUGUGAAGCGAUGGGGCGUCAGGUUCAGUGGCAUUGAGCACCUACCGAAUCUUAAGCAGGUGCUCGUCGAUUUACGAUAUGGCGACUGUGACGAAUCAGAGAAGCCUGUUAUAAGGGCAGCAGUUCGGAGCGCUUUUUAUGCCCAUUCAUCACCCUCGAGCGUUCAGUUCGAGUUCUAUUGACUGCAAAUACGAUUAAACUAGAGGUUUGGCCCACGCAUGUGGCUAGUAGUGACAGACCUUACAAACUGUGUAUUUAUUUAUCUACCACAAAAUCUUAUCUUGACCUUAAUUACAAACUUUAUAUUUUUUAUUGACUUAUUUUAUCAUCA